GGAAGAAAGAAAAUGAUCCCAGUUGUGCUCGUCGUCUUUCUCUUUGCAAGCGCCUACGGGUGUGGAGUCCCGGCUAUCCAGCCUGUGCUGUCCAGGGUGGUGAAUGGAGUGGAUGCCAUCCCUCACAGCUGGCCAUGGCAGAUCUCCCUACAAUACCUGAGAGACAACGAAUGGAGGCACACUUGUGGAGGCUCUCUGAUCGCCACUAACUGGGUUCUGACUGCUGCUCACUGUAUCAACAAAGAUUUGACCUACAGAGUGGAAGUGGGAAAGAACAACCUGAAGGAAGUGGAGCCUGAAUCAAAGGCCAUCGCAGCAGAGAAGCUCUUUGUUCAUCAGAAAUGGAACCCCAUUUUUGUAGCGCUUGGGAAUGAUAUUGCCCUGGUCAAACUGGCAGAGCAUGUGACUCUGAGUGACAGCAUCAAGCUGGCCUGUAUCCCUGAGCCUGAGGCCAUCCUGCCCAACAAUGAACCCUGCUACAUCACAGGCUGGGGCAGGCUCUACACUAACGGCCCCAUCGCUGACAAUCUCCAGCAGGCUCUGAUGCCCGUGGUUGACCAUGCUACCUGCUCCAAGCCAGACUGGUGGGGUAUCGGUGUCAGGACCACCAUGGUGUGCGCGGGCGGUGACGGCGUUGUGGGAGGGUGCAAUGGUGACUCUGGUGGACCUCUGAACUGCCGGAACAGUCUGGGAAUCUGGGAGGUGCACGGCAUUGCUAGCUUCGUGUCGGGGCUGGGCUGCAACUACAUCAGGAAGCCAACCGUCUUCACCCGCGUGUCUGCUUUCAAUGGCUGGAUCGAUCAGACCAUAAGUGCCAAUUAAAAAGAAUCUAGAAUCCUUGGGUCUGUGUCUGAGCAAUAAAAGUCCUG